CUUCAUCCAGGAGACGCUCAUAUCUCUCCUCCACUAAGGCAACAUCACCUUCUUCUUCAUCACCAUGAUCAGAGUUCUGAUUCACCUGGCAGCUCUUCCAAUCUGGGUGACAGGUAUUCAAUCACUCAUUAAGAGAAGUCUAACAAAUCUAUGAAUGUCAUUAAACUGAAUAAAAUGUUCUCUCUCUCUCUCUCUCUCUCUCUCUCUCUCUCUCUCUCUCUCUCUCUCUCUCUCUCUCUCUCUCUCUCUCUCUCUCUCUCUCUCUCUCUCUCUCUCUCUCUCUCUCUCUCUCUCUCUCUCUCUCUCUCCCUCCUCUCCAGGGCAGUCACUUAGUAGCAAAGUCCAUCAGACUCCUAUUGCAAUACUAAAAGGAUCUAAAAAUAAUGUACAACUCACCUGCAACCACACUAUUCAAAGCUACAACAUGAUACUAUGGUACCAACAGUCAACAGGAGACACUGCUAUGAAACUCAUUGGUUAUGCAUUGGCCACGUCAAUAACCAUGGAGAAAUCGUUUGAAAAGCACUUCAGUGUGAGUGGAGACGGUCAGACAGAGGCUUCCCUUCAUCUACUGAGUCUGAGAGCACCUGAAGACAGUGCAGUUUAUUACUGUGCAGCCAGCCAACACAGUGAUGUAGAUACCCUCCUCUCCUCUACAAAAACCCUGUCUGAUAGAAAACUAGGAGCAGUGCUCAGAACACCUGCAUCUGAGGUUUGAGUUUGAUUCAGUGCCAAUGAAUAAACAGAUGGAUUAUGGCAUAAGCAAGUUGAUCGUAUCUGGCCUAGUACAGUUUAACAGUAUUUGCAGUUUAGUGUCAUUACUCAUUAACAUAAAUUAUGUGGUUACAAUGUCAUAUCCCGUUUUUUUAGCCUUUUGGGGACCUAAGCGAGAUUUUGCUGGGGGCCCCUGACCUAGCAGCCAAACAUUUUAGUGGCCAACCUCUUGACUGGAGAUACCAUUUUUUGUUUUAAAGUACAUUUCCUGAAAUUCUACACAUUUUGCCAUGGGGAGUAAAGAAAAUGUUUCUGUUUUAAAGGGCCAGUGCAUUCAAAAUCGUGAUUUUGCUGUGGUUUAUAUAUAUUUCAACACUAUGAGGUUGAAAUAAUACUGUGAAAUAGUGAAAAUUAUGAUAGUGCCAUUUUAGUGUAAGAGAUGUUUGAAAAGACGGACUGAAAUUUCAGUCUUUUUUUUUUAAUUCUUUUUUUUUUUUUUUAGGGGGAAGAGCAGCUUUAACAUUGCAGAUAGAUUGUAACUGUCACGACUUCCGCCGAGGCUGCCUCCCCUCCUUGUUCGGGCAGGUUUCGGCGUUCGUCGUCACCGGCUUACUAGCUGCUGCUGAUCCAUUUAUCAUCACUCCACUUGUCUUGUCUAAUUAAUCACACACACCUGGUCCUUAUCCCCAAUUAGUCAUUUUAUAAGUGUUCCCUCUGCUUCCUUGUCUGUGUGUGUGAUUGUUUGUAGUGAGCUGUGUGUAGCUCGGUUGAGCUACCCUUACCUUGUUGUUGCCAGGGUAGAUAUUUCCCCUGUGCCUGAGUUUUGUUGUCGCAUGCUUGUGCAACUGUUUAUCGACGGAAUAAACUCUUUGGAUGCUUUUACUCUCCUGCGCCUGACUCCUUCUAUCACACGCAUCACAGAAUUACCCACCCGCUAUGGAGUCAGCGGGACAAGAGCGCAUGCCUGGAAUCGUGGCACAGGUCCAGGAGCACACCACGAUGCUGGCCAGCUUGGGGGAAGCGAUUGAUCAGGUUCUUCAAGUCGUCCAAAGCCUGGAGAGGAGCAGACCCGAUCUGUCGAGACCAGCUGGCCAACCGGAUCCAGCCACCUACACCCCAGCACCAGGAGGGAUCCAUAUAUCCCGACCACAGGCGUUUGAGGGGACAGCGGCGCUGUGCCAGGGAUUCCUCCUCUAAUUGGAGCUUUACUUCGCCAGCAUCAGGCCGGCAACAUCGGAGCGGGAGAAGGUGUCCGUCCUCGUUUCAUGCCUCUGUGGGAAAGCCCUGGAGUGGACCAACGCGGUGUGGAACAAAGGAGGAGCCGCGUUGGAGGACUACAGGGAGUUCGCUCGCCUCUUUUGGGCGGUAUUCGACCACCUGCCCGAGGGUCGAGAGGCGGGUGAGCUACUGGUCCACCUGAGGCAGGGGACGAGGACCGCGCAGGACUUCGCGUUGGAGUUCCGGACGCUGGCAGCGGGGUCCGGGUGGAACGAGUGGGCCCUGAUCAACCAUUUCCGGUGCCAUCUGCGGGAGGACGUCCGACGGGAGCUAGCCUGCCGGGACACCAUGUUGUCCUUCGAUAAACUGGUGGACAUGUCCAUUCGGUUGGACAACCUACUGGCAGCCAGAGGACGUCCUGGUAGGGGUCUGCCCGUUUCCACCCCGGAAGACUCGGACCACGAGCCGAUAGAGCUGGGUGGAGCCGCCAGCCGAGAGAGCGGAGGAGGACAGCGACAGUGCCACUCUGGUGGCACGAAGGGACAAUCCACCACACGUCGUAGUCAACAUUCUUUUGGGCCUGGAGGCGGCAGGCAGGGCACUCAAACAUCACCCCAGGUAUUGAACACCCACACUUGUUCAGAGCCCUCUGUUGUGCACUGUACCCUACCUAUCCACUUUCCCGAUCACAUGGUAGUUCCCCAGUGUAAGGCGCUAGUCGAUUCAGGCACAGCUGGGAACAUUAUGGAUAGGGCAUUCGCACGCCGUCAAGGCAUUUCAUUGGUUCCCCUCUCCAUCAACGUCCCCUCAGAGCACUCGAUACCGGAUUUGUUAUGGAAGUCACUAUACCAGUCACCAUGAUCACUCAGGAGAAUCAUUUUGAGCAGGUGAUUUUUUCGAUUAUUGAAUCUCCUGCUUUCCCUGUGGUAUUAGGUAUCUCUUGGCUAGCACUCCACAACCCCACCUUCUCAUGGCCGCAGAGGGCUCUCACGGGGUGGUCGCGUGAGUGUCAGGGUAGGUGUCUAGAUGUUUCCGUUGGUGCAACCACGGUGGAAAGUCCAGAUAGUACCUCCACCGUGCGCAUUCCCCCUGAAUACUGUGAUCUGGCGCAAGCGUUCUCUAAAACGCAGGCGACUAAGUUACAACCUCACCGGGCGGGGGAUUGCGCGGUAAACCUCAGGGUAGACGCUGUACGUCCCAGGAGUCAUAUAUACCCCGUCACAGGCGGAAACGGUGGCUAUGGAGACAUAUGUCACAGAGUCCCUGCGUCAGGGGUAUACACGUCCCUCCACUUCACCCGCCUCCUCAAGUUUCUUCUUUGUGAAGAAGAAGGAUGGAGGUCUGCGCCCGUGCAUUGAUUAUUGACUACUGAAUAGGGAGACCACAGGACAUUAUGAAUACCUGGUGAUGCCCUAUGAUGCCCUAUGGUUUGAUGAAUGCUCCCUCAGUUUUCCAGUCCUUUGUGAACGAGGUGUUUCGGGACAUGCUUGGUCGCGUUGUAGUGGUCUACAUUGAUGACAUCCUGGUGUAUUCCGCUUCUCGCACUGAGCAUGUGUCCCUGGUUAGCAAGGUGCUGGCCCGACUGUUGGAGAAUGACUUUUAUGCUAAGGCAGAGAAGUGUAUGUUUUUCCAGCAGUCCAUCUCCUUCCUUGGAUACCUCAGGGGUGGAGAUGGAGGGAGAUCGCAUUUCAGCCGCUCGUAAUUGGCCGACUCCAACCACGGUUAAGGAGGUGCAGCGACUCCUUGGCUUUGUCAACUACUAUCGAAGGUUUAUCCGGGGCUUUGGCAAGGUCGCAGCUCCCAUCACAUCCCUGUUGAAGGGUGGGUCGUCCCGGCUCCGCUGGUCUGCUGAGGCGGAUCUGGCCUUCAGGAGACUGCGGGGUCUGUUCACCUCAGCUCCGGUACUAGCCCUCCCCGAUCCAUCACUACCGUUUGUAGUGGAGGUGGAUGCGUCCGAGGUAGGGAUGGGUGCUGUCCUAUCCCAAUGCUCGGACACGCCACCCAAGCUCUGCCCCUGUGCCUUCUUCUCGACAACACUCAGCCCGGCGGAACAGAACUACGACGUUGGUGAUCGGGAGCUGUUGGCUGUACGGACCACCGUAACCUGGAGUACAUCCAGGCAUUGAGGAGGCUGAAUCCUCGCCAGGCCAGGUGGGCCCUAUUCUUCACCCGGUUUGAUUUUACAUACAUCCUAUACAUUCCGGGUACAAAGAACGUGAAGGCAGACGCACUGUCCAGGCUGUUUGACACAGAGGAGAGGCCCAGAGACAACACCCCCAUACGCCCGGCCUCCCGCAUUGUGGCGCCGGUAGUAUGGGCAAUGGACGCGGAUAUAGAGCAGGCAUGACGCACAGAUCCAUCUCCACCACAGUGUCCAGCUGGGCUGCAGUACGUGUCUGCUCUUUUCCGUGAUCGUCUGAUCUUCUGGGCACACACGUCACCCUCCUCUGGUCACCCAGGUAUCGGUCGUACAGUGCGUUGCCUGAGCAGAAAGUACUGGUGGCCUACCUUGGCAAAGGAUGUGAGGGUGUACGUCUCCGCCUGCUCGGUGUGCGCCCAGAGUAAGGCACCUAGGCACCUCCCAGCGGGUAAGCUACAACCGUUACCAGUUCCACAACGACCAUGGUCUCACCUUAGCAUUGAUUUUCUGACUGGUCUUCCACUCUCCCAAGGUAACACCACCAUCCUGGUCGUUGUGGACCGCUUCUCAAAGUCCUGCCGCCUCCUUCCUCUGCCCGGUCUCCCCACGGCCCUGCAGACCGCGGAGGCCCUGUUUACUCACGUCUUCCGGCACUACUACAGGGUACCAGAGGAUAUAGUGUCUGACCGGGGUCCCCAGUUCACGUCCAAGGUCUGGAAGGCGUUCAUGGAACGUCUGGGGGUCUCGGUCAGCCUGACCUCUGGGUUCCACUCCGAGAGUAAUGGGCAGGUGGAACGGGUAAAUCAGGACGUGGGUAGGUUCCUGCGGUCCUACUGCCAGGACGGGCCGGGGGAGUGGUCUGUGUUCUUGCCAUAGGCAGAAUAUGCCCAGAACUCUCUCCUCCACUACCCUAACGCCUUUCCAGUGUGUUCUAGGUUACCAACCGGUUCUGGCACCGUGGCACCAGAGCCAGACUGAGGCUCCUGCGGUGGGGAUGACUGGUUUCGGCGUGUGGAGGAGACGUGGGAUGCUGCCCACGUUCACCUCCAACUCCCCGUGCGUCGUCAGAAGGCCAACACUGACCGUGUUUCGGGUCGUUGUCAUGCUGGAAGACCCAGCCACGACCCAUCUUCAAUGCUCUUACUGAGGGAAGGAGGUUGUUGGCCAAGAUCUCACGAUACAUGGCCCCAUCCAUCCUCCACUCAAUACGGUGCAGUCGUCCUGUCCAAUUUGCAGAAAAGCAUCCCCAAAUAAUGAUGUUUCCACGUCCAUGCUUCACGGUUGGGAUGGUGUUCUUGGGGUUGUACUCAUCCUUCUUCUUCAUCCAAACACACCGAGCUCUAUUUUUUUCUCAUCAUACCACAUUACCUUCUCCCAUUCCUCCUCUGGAUCAUCCAGAUGGUCAUUGGCAAACCUCAGAUGGGCCUGGACAUGCGCUGGCUUGAGCAGGGGGACCAUGUGUGCGCUGCAGGAUUUUAAUCCAUGAUGGCGUAGUGUGUUACUAAUGGUUUUCUUUGAAACUGUGGUCCCAGCUCUCUUCAGGUCAUUGACCAGGUCGUGCCAUGUAAUUAUGUGCUGAUCCCUCACCUUCCUCAUGAUCAAUGAUGCCCCACGAGGUGAGAUCUUGCAUGGAGCCCCAGACCGAGGGUGAUUGACCGUCAUCUUGAACUUCUUCCAUUUGCUAAUAAUUGCACCAACAGUUGUUGCCUUCUCAUCAAGCUGCUUGCCUAUUGUCCUGUAGCCCAUCCCAGCCUUGUGCAGGUCUACAAUUUUAUCCCUGAUGUCCUUACACAGCUCUCUGGUCUUGGCCAUUGUGGAGAGGUUGGAGUCUGUUUGAUUGAGUGUGUGGACAGGUGCCUUUUAUACAGGUAACGAGUUCAAUCAGGUGCAGUUAAUACAGGUAAUCAGUGGAGAACAGGAGGGCUUCUUAAAGAAAAACUAACAGGUCUGUGAGAGCCGGAAUUCUUACUGGUUGGUAAUACUUGUUCUCCCCACUGUAUAUGUUGUUCUGAAAUAUGAAUACAAAAAUACUGGACAAUUUGAACCCUUAUUAUGGUGGUGAUUUGACAAGUGGGAUAUUGUGACACAAAAUCUAAUUUAAUCAGUUUGUUUAUUCAGGCUGUAACAACAAAAUGUGGAAAAAGUCAAGGGGUGUGAAUACUUUCUGAAGGCACUGAAGGUCCAUCUUUAUGACCUACUAGCAGAUUUUAUUUCAGGUCUACCUGUUUGUAACCUGUUUUCAGGUCUACCUGUUUGUAACCUGUUUUCAGGUCUACAUGUUUGUAACUCAUUGUCAUGUGACAUUUUGGUCUGAGUUUACAGUCUAACCAGACACCUAGGUAUUUGUAGAUGUCCACAUACUCUAGGUCAGACCCGCCGAGAUUAGCGAUUCUAGUCAGGUGGGCGGGUGCCAGCAGCGUUCGAUUUAAGAGCAUUGUUACGAACCCCGUGGCUUUAAACGUCUAGGGUGGAUGGACAAGAGACCCGUAACAUAAUUCAUGCAAAUUAGAAGCGUGACAUGGAACAGUGAGAACAAAAACUACACGACAACCAUAAACUACCGUCAAACAUAAAAGGUUUAUUUUUGAACACACGGUAAAGGUUUGGGAAAAAGGGCUGAGCAGGACCCAAGAAAUGAAACAAUAGUGUAAAAAAAAAACUAAACUGAUCUUGCCUGCCUCAAGAACCGCUAAGCUACUGCUAAUCAUACAAAAAUACAGUGGGUGGUCCGCUCAGGUCUAACUAGUGUUUUUAGACAGUUUUCUUCCUACGGGUAAUGUACGCCCAAGGGCAACUUGCUUCAAUUCCCUUUUUCCCAGAAACACACAAAGUUACCAAACAGAGUAACCAGCAAAUGAGUGAGUACACAAAACACAGGACACCCCAGUAUCCAUACUCACAUACGGAAAUAGUCUAACAAAGUUACCAAACAGAGUAACCAGCAAAUGAGUGAGUACACAAAACACAGGACACCCCAGUAUCCAUACUCACAUACGGAAAACAGUCUAACAAAGUUACCAAACAGAGUAACCAGCAAAUGAGUGAGUACACAAAACACAGGACACCCCAGUAUCCAUACUCACAUACGGAAAAUAGUCUAACAAAGUUACCAAACAGAGUAACCAGCAAAUGAGUGAGUACACAAAACACAGGACACCCCAGUAUCCAUACUCACAUACGGAAAAUAGUCUAACAAAGUUACCAAACAGAGUAACCAGCAAAUGAGUGAGUACCCAAAACACAGGACACCCCAGUAUCCAGACUCACAUACGGAAAAUAGUCUAACAAAGUUACCAAACAGAGUAACCAGCAAAUGAGUGAGUACACAAAACACAGGACACCCCAGUAUCCAGACUCACAUUAGGAAAAUAGUCUAACAAAGUUACCAAACAGAGUAACCAGCAAAUGAGUGAGUACCCAAAACACAGGACACCCCAGUAUCCAGACUCACAUACGGAAAAUAGUCUAACAAAGUUACCAAACAGAGUAACCAGCAAAUGAGUGAGUACACAAAACACAGGACACCCCAGUAUCCAGACUCACAUUAGGAAAAUAGUCUAACAAAGUUACCAAACAGAGUAACCAGCAAAUGAGUGAGUACACAAAACACAGGACACCCCAGUAUCCAGACUCACAUACGGAAAAUAGUCUCCAACAACAAACACAACUGACCGGCUUUUAAACAAUGGGAUGUGUGAUUGAAAAACCAGAAACAGGUGGUGCAAUGCAGAGGAAUGUCCACUGAUUGGUCCACCUCAGCAAUCAGCAGACACCCCAACGACCACCAAUCAGGAACAUACAGGACACCUGUGAUUAGGGCAGAAGGAGAGGAAAAACACAAAAAGACACAGGAUACCUGUAUCCGUAACAAGCAUGCAUUUAGUUUUACUAGUGUUUAAGAGCAGUUGGAGGCUACGGAAGGAGUGUUGUAUGGCAUUGAAGCUCAUUUGGAGGUUUGUUAACACAGUGUCCAAUGAAGGGCCAGAUGUAUACAAAAUGGUGUUGUCUGCGUAGAGGUGGAUCUGAGAGUCACCAGCAUCAAGAGCGACAUCAUUGAUAUACACAGAGAAAAGAGUCGGCCCGAGAAUUGAACCCUGUGGCACCCCCAUAGAGACUGCCAUAGGUCCAGAUAACAGGCCCUCCGAUUUGACACAUUGAACUCUAUCUGAGAAGUAGUUGGUGAACCAGGCAAGGCAGUCAUUUGAGAAACCAAGGCUAUUUAGUCUGCCAAUAAGAAUGCGGUGGUUGACAGAGUCGAAAGCUUUGGCCAGGUCGAUGAAGAUGGCUGCACAGUACUGUCUUUUAUCAAUCGCAGUUAUAAUAUCGAUUAGGACCUUGAGCGUGGCUGAGGUGCACCCAUGACCAGCUCGGAAACCAUAUUGCAUAGCGGAGAAGAUACGGUGGGAUUCGAAAUGGUCGGUGAUCUGUUUGUUAACUUGGCUUUCCAAUACUUUCGAAAGGCAGGGCAGGAUGGAUAUAGGUCUGUAACAGUUUGGAUCUAGAGUGUCACCCCCUUUGAAGAGGGGGAUGACCGCGACAGCUUUCCAAUCUCUGGGGAUCUCAGACGUUACAUACUCUUUCAACAGAAGGAUCUUUCUGCUCAAAUAAGAUGCAGUCACACUAAGGGUGGCAGCCACCAGUGCUAUAAAAUACUACUUAAGCAGUAUUUUGGGGUAUCUGUACUUUACUUGAGUAUUUAUCUUUUUGACAACUUUUACUUUUAAUCCACUGCAUUCCUAAUGAAAAUAUGUACUUUUUACACCCAUACAUCUUUCUUGACACCCAAAAGUACAUGUUACAUUCUGAAUUAUCAUGCAGGACAGCAAUAUGGUCCAAUUCACACACCUCUGAUCUGGUGGACUCACUAAACACAAAUACUGUGUUUUGUAAAUUAUGUCUGAGUGUUGGAGUGUGCCCCUGGCUGUCCGUACAUUUUCAAAGAAUGGUGCUGUCUUGUUUACUUAAUAUAAGGAAUUUGACGUAUUGCAUAUAGUUUUGCUUUACCAUUUUACUCAAGUAAGAUAAUUGAGCACUUUUUCCACCACUGGUAGCUACUACCAGAUGUACUGGUAUACACAGCAUCCAGGAGAGGGAAUUAAGCAGGUAGCCUUCAUUAUUCCCAGAGCCAAACCUGAGUAUGUAGGGGAUUUCAGUGAAGACAAAUAUGUAGCCACCAAGACUGUAUUUCAGAGAGGAUAUUUCACAGUGAAGAAGUUGGAGGCAGGAGACAGCUGCAUUUACUUAUGUGCUGUGGGUGAUCACAGUGAUACAGACGACAAUUACAGCUGCACUAAACCCCCAGUGUUUAUAUAAUAUAACAAGUAGAGCUGCACUAAACCCCCAGUGUUGAUAUAAUAUAACAAGUAGAGCUGCACUAAACCCCCAGUGUUGAUAUAAUAUAACAAGUACAGCUGCACUAAACCCCCAGUGUUUAUAUAAUAUAACAAGUAGAGCUGCACUAAACCCCCAGUGUUGAUAUAAUAUAACAAGUACAGCUGCACUAAACCCCCAGUGUUGAUAUAAUAUAACAAAUACAGCUGCACUAAACCCCCAGUGUUGAUAUAAUAUAACAAGUACAGCUGCACUAAACCCCCAGUGUUGAUAUAAUAUAACAGGUAGAGCUGCACUAAACCCCCAGUGUUGAUAUAAUAUAACAAGUAGAGCUGCACUAAACCCCCAGUGUUGAUAUAAUAUAAUAAGUAGAGCUGCACUAAACCCACAGUGUUGAUAUAAUAUAACAAGUACAGCUGCACUAAACCCCCAGUGUUGAUAUAAUAUAACAAGUACAGCUGCACUAAACCCCCAGUGUUGAUAUAAUACAACAAGUAGAGCUGCACUAAAUCCCCAGUGUUGAUAUAAUAUAACAAGUACAGCUGCACUAAACCCCCAGUGUUGAUAUUGGAUAGCAGAUAAUAUCUGAAGAGAUGGUCUCAUCAUGUCCUGUAGGGGGACCUCUUGCUCUACUACUAAUAAUUUCUGUCUCAUUUCAUUGUCAUGAUCAGAAAGGUUCCCUGUGAGGUCCUAUGAGCAAGCUUUACGGUACAGACUUUCUGACACUCCCACUAACCACCACCCUAAAUAAAAUAUGCUGCUACAUCAGCCCCUCUCCUUUCACCUCAGAGCUUCAUCCAGGAGACGCUCAUAUCUCUCCUCCACCAAGGCAACAUCACCUUCAUCAUCAUCACCAUGAUCAGAGUUCUGAUUCACCUGGCAGCUCUUCCACUCUGGGUGACAGGUAUUCAAUCACUCAUUAAGAGAAGUCUAACAAUUCUAUGAAUGUCAUUAAACUGAAUAAAAUGCUCUCUCUCUCUCUCUCUCUCUCUCUCUCUCUCUCUCUCUCUCUCUCUCUCUCUCUCUCUCUCUCUCUCUCUCUCUCUCUCUCCAGGGCAGUCACUUAGUAGCAAAGUCCAUCAGACUCCUAUUGCAAUACUAAAAGGAUCUAAAGAUAAUGUAAAACUCACCUGCAACCAUACUAUUCAAAGCUACAAUACGAUACUAUGGUACCAACAGUCAACAGGAGACACUGCUAUGAAACUCAUUGGCUAUGCAUAUGCCACGUCAAUAACCAUAGAGAAAUCGUUUGAAAAGCACUUCAAUGUGAGUGGAGACGGUUGGAAAGAGGCUUCCCUUCAUCUACUGAGUCUGAGAGCACCUGAAGACAGUGCAGUUUAUUACUGUGCAGCCAGCCAACACAGUGAUGGAGAGCACCUCCUCUCCUCUACAAAAACCCUGUCUGAUAGAAAACUAGGAGCAGUGCUCAGAAAACCUGCAUCUGAGGUU